AUGAUUCGACCACAUGCCAAUAGUUUUUGUUACGAUGAAUAUGACUUCGAGGUGAUGAAACAAACUCUCAAUUCUCUCAAAUCCUGCGGGGCUGACGGUUUCGUCUUCGGGAUUUUGACUGGAUCCCCACAAAAGUGUGAUCCAAAUGCCUCGUGGGUUGAUGUAUCCCGCAAUAAGCAGCUUGUCCAACUAGCUGAGGGGCGACCCUGCACAUUUCAUCGCGCUUUUGAUCUCAUCCCCGAAUCCCACUGGGAGACCACAUUGGCCGACAUCACGGAGUGUGGCUUUGCGUCGAUUUUGACCAAUGGUGGUCCUUCAGGAACAAAAGCAACGGAGUGUGUGGACAAGUUGCAAAAACUAGUACGUUAUCAAACGCAACUCCAAGGGGGUAGAAAACUUCACAACCAUAAAGUUCCAGAAAUCAUCGUUGGAGGUGGUGUGAGGGCAUCAAACAUAGGCUUGCUCCAUAUGAUUACCGGUGCCACGGCCUUCCAUUCCGCUGCUCUCCUGGUUUCAGAGGAGCUGGCCUGCGUAGAUGAGGUGUUUAAGAUGAAAGAUGAGAUAUCCCGGGCCCGGGAGGUCGAGGGGAAUGAACAGGCGAGAUCAUGA